CUCGUUCGGACCACGAAAGCCCCCUCCGGUGCACAUGCUCACUCGUGAUUUCGGAGAGGCCACGACGUGAAAUAUCUUGCCAAUCCAGCCGCUCUGUCUCACUUUCGCCUCUUUCUUCGGGAUACCGUAGGGCAUCAUGGCGAGCACGAGUAAUAUUGUUAUGACAGAAGAGUUGUCCGAUGCAUGGUUUGAGUGUUCCGUAUGCCUGGAGCAGGUUCCUUGGGACAAUGGCAUUCAGCUAGAAAAGUGUCACCAUGUGUACUGCAAAGAGUGUAUGCGGGGAUACGUGUCUAGCCAGGUUUCAGACAAGACAGUGGAAUUGCCGUGUCCCGAUUCAAACUGCCACUGGCCACUUGAAUGCAACGACGUACGUCGUUCCACGCUGGAGGUCGGGGAUUCGAAGAUUUGGCAAGAGUACGAGGAGCUGGCAACGCAGGUUUUCCUGGACAAGGCAGCGUCGUCUUCCAAGACCACCACGUACUCCGGUACUUGUCGCUGUCCGGCCGAAAAGUGCAACUACAUUUUCCACUUUGAACCAGACCCAAAGAAUGGGACCUUGUUUCUCUGCCCCGUCUGCCACAGUGCGUUUUGCCUCAGCUGCCCCGUCGUGGACCACAAAGCGGGCCCUGCCCAUGAAGGAGGCUGCCAGCGUGUGUUACGCGAGAUGAUCCAAUCGGCAGAGAUGCGGGAGAAACUGGAAGACUGGAAACGCCUCAAUUCCCAAGCCGACAGCCGAUUGACCGAACUUUUGGAGAAGGAACGAGUCGGGCAAAUCACCAAGCCCUGCCCUCACUGUGCGACACCCAUCACAAAGAAUGGAGGGUGCGAUCACAUGCGGUGCAAGAACUGUGACACAAAGUUCAACUGGUCGCAGGCUUGAAAGCACAUACAUCACCCAUUCCAGGGUUGUUAUACAGGUACAUCAUUUACUGGGGUGGACGAAGAGACGAACUCGAUGGUCGCAUGGUAUACCAGCAGUGUCUCUGCAACGAUUUUCGGGUUCGGUCCAGAGUGAUUUCGAACAUAAUUAUAUUCAAUUGAAUUCAAUGAAAUACUGGAAUGUUGCGAUAGUAAUUAACAGAGAUCUCCGAAUGAUUUAUUAUAGUACUUACUUGGGAAGGUAUUAAAACUAGUUAAACAUUCUUAUUAAACCAAAUUGAACUGUUAUCUUUUCAAUCACUUAAACACAGUGAUUCACUUAAUACUCUUGAGUAGGAAAAGUUGAAGCACACGAUCAGGAGUUAAUCAAAAUUCUCGUUGAGCUAAAAAUGACUACUAGCUAGUAUGUCUAUGAAUCAAUGAUUAAACAUUCUUCUGGGAGGU